AGUCAGAUCGGGCCGAACAGCAGAUCAGACAUUACUGGGACCUGUGCGGACUUUUCUCGUGCAAAGUCCAACAAACUGGUUCUGGGAAAAGAGCCAAGCUGGCGGCCAGUUAUCUGGUUCCCCCCGGGGUUAAGGAGGAUAGAGACAGCCGACGCUGGGCGAGCGCUCUUGGUAUGGCGCACAAAACUGAGGAAAGUCGGGUCUGUUUUAGCAAAAACUGCACAGGAAGUGGUCGAGGAGGGCUCAAAGACCCCGAUCAUGAGAUGAGCUACGGAUCCGGACGCAGCAAUCCGCCUGCCUGUGACAUGCUGGAGCCCCGCUGCUGUCAGACAGCUGCUGCUCCUCAGGAUGAGUUGUUAAACGCAGACCGCCGAGAGGGCGACAGUCGCUCCUUCUCUGCCUGCGCAACAAUCUCGGAGACCGCCAGGGAGCUCUGCAAAGCCGUGUCCGUGUCUCUGGGUCUGGCCAUGGAGUCCGACGUGGACCCCGCGCUCCCCCCGUGCGCCGCACGCGACCAAAUGAGCGGAGAGUAUUUUUUCGGGGUGGACUCGGUGCCUUUGAGCUGUCCCGGGGCGCAGAGCGUCACCGAGUACAGGUGUCCCGAGCAGAAACCGGCGGGGGAGAUGUUCAAAAGUUCCGACAGCGCCGCUUCUUUCCAUCACCUCCCCUCCACCCGGACGUCUGCGCAGAACUUCGCCCAGUGCGAGGCGGGCGGAGGCAUGGAUCACCUGGACGCAGCGCGCGCUGCCUCCUGCCAUUAUGCCCAUGCUGCGCCGUCAAACAGCAUGGUGCCGUUCAGCCGCGCGGCUCCGGAGAGGCCGUGCCGGGUCUACAACCUCCCAGCCGAAGCAGCGCGGGAGUUCGGGGAUGCUGGGGAGGACGAGCCUGCUAGAUAUCCUCCGGAGUGCUUCAGCGUCAGAGUCAAGUGCGAGGGCAGCGAGGCUCCGGGAGCGCUGUGGGCUAGUAAUUACACCUUCAACAAGAAGUACAACACGCAGCUCUGGGGCUCGAGGCAGCGCGUGAACGAGUCUGCAGCCAGCACGGCGUUCAUAUGUAACCCGUACGAGGGGAGCGUCGUGCGUCCUGAGCAGUGGUAUCCCGGCGGGAUGCUGAGGACGCCCCAUCCCAACUCCUGCGACAUGAAGAGCGAGGUCGGUGAGUGGCUGGAUGUGGUCUACAACGACACCAGGUUCGAAGCUAGUCGGGAGCACAUGUUUCCCAUGGAGUUCUUCUUCCCCCCUCAGAGAACGUGCCUGAUCUGUUCAGACGAGGCAUCUGGCUGCCAUUACGGUGCACUCACAUGUGGCAGCUGCAAAGUUUUCUUCAAAAGAGCUGCAGAAGGAAAACAGAAGUACUUGUGUGCAAGUAAAAACGACUGCACCAUUGAUAAGUUGAGGAGAAAGAACUGCCCCUCGUGUCGUCUGAAGAAGUGCUUUGAAGCAGGAAUGACACUCGGAGCGCGUAAACUAAAGAAGAUCGGGCAGCAGAAAAACACAGAAGAGGAUCUUUCUGCUCAGGAACCAGCAGAAGUCCCCCACAACAUUUCUCCUAAAUCAGGUCCCAACUUUAACUCCCAGCUGGUUUUCCUCAACAUCCUGGAGUCCAUUGAGCCUGAGGUGGUGAAUGCAGGUCACGACUGUGGCCAGCCGGACUCGGCUGCCAGCUUGCUCACCAGUCUCAAUGAGCUGGGGGAGAGGCAACUGGUCAAAGUGGUCAAAUGGGCAAAGGGACUGCCAGGGUUUAGAAACCUGCACGUGGACGACCAGAUGACCAUCAUCCAGCAGUCUUGGAUGGGAGUGAUGGUGUUUGCGUUGAUAUGGAGGUCCUAUAAGAACGUCAACGGCAGGAUGCUUUACUUUGCCCCGGACCUUGUCUUUAAUGAACAUCGGAUGCACGUUUCCACCAUGUAUGAGCACUGCAUGCGGAUGAGACACCUGUCACAGGAGUUUGUGUUACUGCAGAUAACUCAGGAAGAGUUCCUCUGCAUGAAGGCCCUCCUGCUCUUCAGUAUCAUUCCGGUCGAGGGGUUAAAAAGCCAGAAGUACUUUGACGAGCUGCGCCUCACCUACAUUAAUGAACUGGAUCGUCUCAUCAACUACCAGAUGACAACAAACUGUCCUCAGAGGUUCUACCAGCUCACACGACUCCUGGACUCUCUGCAGAUGACGGUAAAGAAGCUCCACCAGUUCACGUUUGACCUUUUUGUCCAGGCUCAGUCGCUCCAUACGAAGGUUAACUUUCCAGAGAUGAUCGGAGAAAUCAUCUCAGUUCACGUUCCAAAGAUCCUGGCAGGUUUGGCUAAACCCAUCUUGUUUCACAAGUAGAAGGAUUUCUGUUUUUAAUCAUGGAAAAGCGUCUAAAGUGCUGCCUCUACGAACUCAAACAAAGGCUGUGAACUGUUUCUCCACCUCCUCAGUUUGACUGCUUUUAGCCCCGUCCUGUAAUCACUAUUUUAUUGUUCAAGAUUUCUUGUUUUUUUUCUACCUUUUAGUCAUAAGUGAGAUUGUUUAUUCAGAACUGGUUAAGCUUUUAUCUUAAGAGCUGCAAGGUCUCCUCUGCAGACAACUCUCCACUUUCAGUGUGUUUGUUCACAGAGAAAAAAGAUGCUGCUUCAGAUCCUAGCCUUAAAAUCCAGACCAAGCAAACGAGGUUAAAACUGCACAUCUCCCCAAAAAUAAAACCCCAGUUCUGCUUAUGACCUUGAUUAUAAAUUUAAUCCUAAAUUCUGUAAAAUAUUUAAAGGCGGACGAUGAUUAAAUUCUAAAAUAAUAAAUUAAAUAUCUUUAUGCAAUCAGUCUUUGUUUUGUAAAAGCUGAAAUCUAAUGUUUUUCAUGUGAAAUGGAGAAGCAUAAAAAAAUGAUUCUGGAUCUUGCGCCAUACUAGAAUGUCUGUCAAUCUGAACAUAUUUGAGUUUUUAGACAUUUUAUGGCACCACCAUUGAGCCUUUAAAAAUUACGCUCGCUUGUCAGUCUCAGAAAAGCUCUUUUCUACUUUCAGACAAUUUCCCCUUCAGCAUUAAUCAGCAUCCUAUCACUACAAUAAACCUUUGGCAACAAAGGACACCACCAGAGUCUGUAACUGACUCCGAACGCGGGCUUGUCGGACGUCUUUUUCCGAGUGAGCAGACCAGAGAGAGAGAGUUCAUUUCAGGUCAGCGUAUUUAGGUCUGCACACUCGUUUCAGGACCCGCGCUUCGUGGAUUUGCAAUUUACGCACACGAAUAAGCAGAGACAGGAUGUCUGUGUCUUAGGUUUUGCAAUCCAUGCCCCAAAUUUGUAAACAGCUUCAGAGAACGUGGAUGGCUGCCUCUGGUUGCAGGACUUGUUUGGAGGUUUCCACGUCAGCAUUUAUUAUCGGCUCAUCUGGACUGGAACCUCGGUCGACUCUGUAAUAAAACAGUAACCGAUACAGAAUGCUGCCUACAAAGGAAAACCAUAAAAACUCUCCCGAUUAGACUCGAGCGGACUCGAGCAUUCCGCGAAACGAAAGCAGGUCAUUAGGGUUGUCAGCGGUGCAGCUGAGGAACACAAACCUAGUGCUCUAAAUUAUGUAAACUAAAUCCCAAAAGACAGAAAGCGCUGAUGCGCAAAUAUCAACAAGUUUUCUAGCAGCUGUUGUGGAGCUGCAGAUGAAAAACAGACACGAGGUCCCAAAUACCAGCACAGGUUUUACAAAUAUGGAAGUCCAGUGGAAUAAUCACCCUUUUUACUGAGAUUUGCACUUUGAGGCAGCUGAAAAUAUCUCUUUAUAUCACAGUCUUUCCAGUCAGUUUGAACAAACUUGUUCAUGUAUUGUGCUACAAACUACUCAACAGCAGAAGAAAUCCUGUGGUGAGCUACAUAGUUCCAAAGAAGUUUCACAUUUAGCAAAAACAAAGUAGCUUCUUUUGGUUUGGUGGUGGUUUCUGCUCAGUCGUGGCAUUCCUUCAUUCAGCUUCGUGAGGUCAUCAUUUGGAUGCUUGUUUCAGCCCUGCUGAGGUAGAGGAACAACAUGGACGUGUCUCUAGUCCAUCACAGAGACACAAAACAAGUCUAGGGACAGUUUAGGGUGACCAUUUAAGUGUGACGUGCAUGUCUUUGUUCAGGGGGAGGAAAAUGGAGGAAAAAACCCCCACAUGCAUGGUGGGAGCAUGCAAACUCCACGCAGCCCUCCAUCAGUCACCUCAAAGGUGAAACAAUCUUAUAGUUUGAAGAUGUGUUUGGGUCACUGUUCUGUUGGAGAAACUCUGGAUGGUCCAACUCCAAAAAUCCCCCAACACUGGAUAAAGAGCCCACUACUGUCCUUGACCUAUUAGGUGGAGUAGAUGUAUCUCAGUGACAUCCCCCUGAAUCAGUACCUUGACCAAAACAGUUUGGAGUAGAGAGUCACUGGCAAUGCACGGGCCGGCGCGUGUCACUCAGAAACUCCCCUCCAAUUGUUGGUUCGUAUCAAAGCAGAAUAAAAGAACAGAAUAGAAGAAGAUUGAAAAGAUAGAAUAAAGAAAAAACGAGAAAAACAGAAUAGAGAUUACAGAAAAAAGGAAGAAAAAGAAGAAAGCAACAGGGACUUUAAAUUCUGGACUUUAAAUUACCUGGACGCCUCCCUGGGGAGGUGUUUCGGGCAUGUCCUGCCGGCAGAAAGCCCCCGGGUCGACCCAGGACACGUUGGAGAGGUUACAUCUCCAAUCUGGUCCGGGAACGCCUUGGGGUCCUGCCGGAGGAGCUGACCUAUUAGGGUUAGGGUUCCCCAGAGAGGACGUGUAAUCUCUAAUCCUAAACACAUUACACUGUCCCGGUACUCACCAAAUAUGCGUUCCAGCUCAACGGUCUAGUGGCAUGAGUGUCCACCCCAAGACUAAGGAGAUCGUGGGUUCAAAUCCUUGGUUGAGUCAUACCAAAGACUAUAAAAACAGGACCCAAUGCUUGACACUCAGCCUUAAGGAGGGGUUGAAAUACCAAAUGAUUCCCGAGCACAGCCAUGUCUGCAGCUCACCGCCCCCCCGAGAGGAUGGGUCAAAUGCGGGGAACAAAUUUCACCACACAUCAGUAUGAUAACUAACGGGACUUUAACUUUUAACACCCCCUGCUGUUAUUCCUGCCCCUAACAUUCUUUGCAGUAUAAUUUAACUUGUCAGCAGAGCAUUCCCGUCAUGAUGCAAAGACGUUCUGGGCUUGUCCCAGCAACACACCCUAAAGAGUUGUCUCAAGGCUUCCAUGCUGAUGGUGUGAUUGAGCUGUGGCAGUCUAGGCAUGAAGCAUAUGUCGCCACUGAAACACCCCACACCAUCACACUGCUCCCUUUAUGCUCCACAGUAGGAUCCAGAAACACAGAUGCAAAUUCACAGCAAGUAGGACUAAUACUCUCAAUACUGAACUUAUCACACUUAAGUUGUUCUAAACACUGAUUUUUAUUCAAAUUAUUAGUGAUUUACUCUUGAUAAAGGGUGAGUCAGAUAAAUCAUGUCCAGGGAGAAACUCUACGCUCUACUGACCAACAACAGUUUUAAAGGAAGACAUCUAAUUUGAAAAAUGACGCCACCCAGUGGCCUGAUAAGACAUUAUCAGACUUAAACCCAGGGUGUGUUUCUCUCAUGUCCCAGUUGGUUAUUAUAGUUGUCUGUCCAGUGUAGAAAUCACUGGUAACUAAUUAAAACUUUUUAUGCAGCCAGCUAAGCAUCAUCUUUUAAUGUUGGUUAACUAGUAGCUAAAAUGUGUUUUUGGGAAUGAUGAUUAGCUAAGAGUUUGUGAGGAGAGUGCCAAGUGUGUGCACAACUACUGUCAAAGCAAAAAGGUGGGAAAACUUCAGAUUUGAUAUUCGAAGGUGCAGUCAAACAACAAAACUUCACUCUGUAUAUUUUAAUAAUGACUAUAUACUCUCAUCUGCUUGUAAAACACAUAAUGUACUACAAGCUCCACCGCAGAGUAAGCUUUAAGCAGCUGGUGACAGAGUCUACUCAAGUUUUUUUUUAUUUUUUUUUUGUACAACUAAAAACAAAACUUACCCACUUCAGCAUUCACACGUCGUCUUAAGCCGUGACACAGUGUUGGUCACACAGAACAGACCUACAAACGGGACGCUGUGCAUGUUUAACUGCUGCUCUUUCUGAUUUUGAACAUUUGUAGUGUUGAUUUGAUAUUAUUUGUAAAAAAAAAAAUAAAAAAAAAUACAAUUAAGUCAUUUCUACUCAGCAGCUUUCAAAUUUUAUUUUAGAUGGUGUAAAUAAGAAGAAAAAGGGGUUUAUAAUCAAUCUAAAAGCAACAUCAAGUGAUUUUUGGUGAAGAUUUUGAUGAUAUUUCAAUUUGUGAAGAAACACAAACUGGUAGGUUAUGUAUAUAGUGUCGGUAAUUGUUUGGUUCUGUUUUUAAGCAAAUUAGCACACAUAAGAGAAAAUCAGAAAGGGUUAGAAUAAACCCGAUAAAAGGCACAGAGCAGUGUGCAGAGUUCUGCCACCGUCAGCGAUGCCACACGGCGUUGGAGAAGCAUGGACGUAAAACACAGCCUCCAAUCCACAGCGCCAGAGAUCUCAGACGAGAACGGCGAUGUUCCAGCAGGGCAACAAACUUAAAGUCAAAGCCAACUCAAAGCUGGAAGCCGUAGAGAGAGUGAAAGUCCUUGACCGGCACUGCCGAAGAGACGGAAAAAAGAAUCCGUGGAAUGUCUUCGAGAUAACCGAUCCCAGACACUCAAAACACAAAAAACAUUAUAAUGUACGCUGUUUGCAAAAGGCCUAAAAAAAGGAUAAGAGGCAUUUUUAAUAUUAACUAAUCAUAAAUACUUGAAUGUCAUUCUAGAUAUAUGAAAUUAAAUAGACAAAAGUUUUUCCAAAGUAUAAUCAGCAGAAAUUAAUUAAUUAGAAUGAAAAAAAUACAAAAUACCUACAGAUAAAAAAUAAUAGUUAAAAUCAUCUUUCAGCAAAUAAUUUUCUCUGCAAAAUAAACAUUUUCCCGGCUUUUAUUUUACCCAACAUUGAUCUUUUUCUCUGUAAAUCUAGCAGGCUUUAACGGUUUCCUUUUACACGUCUGCAGAUGCAUGUAUCCGGCGGAUUUUCCUCUGUGUGUGUGUGUGUGUGUGUGUGUGUGUGUGUGUGUGUGUGUGUGUGUGUGUGUGUGUGUGUGUGUGUGUGUGUGUGUGUGUGUGUGUGUGUGUAACGCUGAGCUGUGCUGUAGUUUCCCUGCGACAUUCUGUUAGUUGUGCACCGACCGGCGGUGUCACCACUGAUCCACACAGACAGGACAAGGGAACAUUUUCUUGUGCAGCGAUGGUCGGCUUGUUUUUGGAUAAUUUUCAAAAAAUAAUUGAAACUUUUAAAUUAGCUACUUUAUAAAAGUGCAGAUUUUAUUCAAUCAAAAAUCCAGAGAUGGAUUUCAAACCCUCUUACAAUUCCUGAACGCACCAGAUCGCCAUUGCAGCAAAAUAAUCCUGCGUUUUACCCACUGUAGCUUUUGUCACGCAUUGUGCACGUGCACCGUGCACGUCAGUGAGCCCUGGAACUUUUAAUCCUGAUUCAAAUGAUUUAAUCUGCAGUGUUCAUAAUUUAGAUUUCUCAUGUCUUUCUGCAUUCUGACAAGGCUCUUUGUACAUGCUACAGUAAAUGUAUAUAUUGAUCACUUUAAUGUGUUUUUGAUGUUCAAACACUUUCAGAUUAAUCUCCUGUUUGAUUUAUAUCUUUUGUGACCUGUGUUUUGCAAGCGUGUUUUUUUCAGAGAUGUAAAGUCGCAUCACAUUUCAAAGUCAAUUAAAAUAUCUCUGAGAGAAAAUGUGUGCAGAGUUGUUUUCUUCCCCAAGUUUUCAUUUACAUAAAUGUCUCAGAAGAAGAGGAAGAUUAAGCUAAUUGAACAUGAAGAAGACAGGCUUUUAGCAGCAUUUAGGCCCU